AUGGCAGCGGCGUCGCGGGUGGUAUCGAGGUUGUGCGUGGUUCCGCUGCUGGUACUCUCAAACGGCGUCGUUACAUCCUCAUCUUCUAGUUGUAACACCGAAAUUCCAACCUUGAGUACCAAAUGUUUGAGGUUUUGUUCUUCAUCUUCUUCCGAAAAAACAUCACUAUGGUGGAACAAAUCAUCGAACAAAUUGCCCCACAUUGUAAAAGCCGGAGAACCAGUUCUGCACGAGCCUGCACGCCAGGUUGAUCCAAAUGAGAUUAAUUCAGACAAGAUUCAGAAUAUAAUCGAUGACAUGAUUCAUGUCAUGAGAAAAGCCCCUGGAGUUGGUCUUGCUGCCCCAGAAAUUGGUAUCCCCUUAAGGAUAAUUGUUUUGGAAGUUAGAAAAGAAUAUAUUAGUUACAAGACAGAGGAGGAGAACAAAUCACAAGAUAGAAGGCCUUUUGAUCUUUUGGUGAUUCUGAAUCCCAAGCUAAAGAAGAAGAGCAACAAGACUGCCUUCUUUUUUGAAGGCUGCUUGAGUGUUGGUCUGCAUCAAGCUUUGGUAGAGCGGUAUCUUGAUGUUGAGGUUGAAGGUUUUGAUCGUUAUGGCGAGCCAAUCAAAAUAAAGGCUUCAGGAUGGAAGGCUAGGAUUUUACAGCAUGAGUGUGAUCACUUGGAUGGUACGCUAUAUGUUGAUAAGAUGGUACCAAAAACUUUCAGAAACUGGAAAAACAUGGAUCAGCCUCUUGCCCCUGGGUGCCCCAAACUUGGCCCCCGAGCUUAA